UUCUCCUCGGUCACUUCUCAUUGAAUGUACAUCUCUCCAAGACUUCUUAAAAUGUCGUUAAAUUUUAAGGAAAUUUUCUCAAUCGUCUCCUCCAUUUUUAUAACCUUCACGAUUCUCCCAGUUUCCUUGAUUUUCGUAAUUUUUCCACUCGCAAUCUACAGAAAAAUUGUGAUCUGGCUAUCUUCUUGGAACAAGGAAUUGUCCGGACCCUUAAGUCUCAACGAUUGUGCGUGGGCCUGGGACGAUGUGUACAAUCGGCCACUUGCUGGAAUUGUGUUCGUCAUUUAUUUGAAGGGAACGCACUCUUUUAGCGACCUUGUGGCCAGGAUUGAGAAGGCGUCUGGAAAGGAUCCUAAAUUCACCUGCAGCCUAACGCGCUGGAUGAACGUCCCUUUUUGGAAGAAAUGUGACAAUUUCAACCUUCACAAUCACAUCAAACUCAACACAGAAUCUGAUCCCGCCAUCCUUGCUGAAUUUAUAAAUUCCCAAGUAACCAAAAGUUUUCUGGCGGGCCAACCCUUAUGGGAAUGUAUUUCCCUGCCGAACUACACCCCCGCCGAGCACGGCACCAAGUCCGCCAUCAUCAUACGCAUCCAUCACUCGAUCGGCGACGGGCUCUCCAUGCUCUCCAUUAUUCGCGAAUUGUGCGACCCAGAUCCCGCCAUGGACGCGAAUGUCGCCCAAGUCUUAAAAAGUAUCAGGAAAAAGUUCGAGUUAACCACGUGGCAGAAAAUUUGCUACUUUUUCCAACUUAUUUUCGUUACCCCGAGCGAAACGGUUUACUACAUGAUGAAAGGGUUAAAUUCACAAAAAAUCCCGCCGCCAGAUUCGAACCCGCAGAAAUUUGGGGUUGGAGUGACCAACACGACGGCGCGGUUCGACAUCAAUUUGCUGAAAAAUAUUUCAAAAAAGACUGGAUUCAGUGUAACGGCCGUCAUUCAGGCGGGACUGGCGGGGGCAUUGAGAGAACUAAUCGUGUCGAGGGGCGGGGAUCUUGAGCGGGACGUGGUAGCAUCGUACAUCCUGCCAAGACUCAAUCAUCCCGGAACCAUGGCGAAUAACGUAUUUUGCUUCCCGCUCCAAUCCCCCAUCAAUUUGGAGGAUCGAUUUCGCCGACUUGCAUGGAUUUCGAAACAGUUCGACCACGUGCUCCACUCCGCCCUCCCGAUCGGUCUGAUGGCAUCGGCCACGUGCUUCUGCCUGCUUCUGGCCUCAUUUGGAGUUGAUAUCGGCAUAUCGAACGGUGGAACUUAUGCGCAUUCCAAUGUGAACCUUAAUUUGAGCAACCCGCUCAAAAUGUUUGGCCAUGUGAUGGAAACGUUCGACCUUCUCCCGGGAAUUAUGGCAGCGGGAAAUUCGUUGUUUAUCACUACUAUUUCAUACAAUGGGAAACUUAUCAUCCAGUUAACCACGGAUAAGGCCGCGUUUACUGAUGACAUUGAUUUGCAAAGAUUUCUGCACAAUUUUCAGGACGAAUUGAACACCAUGAUGGAGUUAAAAAUGAAUUGAUUUCUUUAUGCAAAAGGGAAAAUAAUGUUACCCUUUUGAAGAGUAAAAUUUAAGCAUCCUGCAUUUAAUAGUAUCCUGAAUUUAUUUAGAACCUUAAAUUUAAGCAAACUAUCACAUAAAUAAAUCCAACUUUAACCUUCAACAUAAUCUUGCUUAACAUAUGUAAAAUUCAUCUUUAUACUUGUCAAAAUGAUAACAUUAUAUUUAAGAGUGUGUAUAUUUUGAGUGUUUUGAAAUUGUUCGUAAUUUUAUGCAUGAGAUAAUUUAUGCCGAAUAAAUAUAACUAUUACAGCUUUU